AUGAAGGAGCUGAAGUCCUCGGCGUCAGUGUUCCAUAAAGAUGACCUCGGCACUCGUCAUGUUGUGAGCUGCGUGCGAUCGGGUCUAGGAGGUGCCCUUACAUUAGUGGGCACGAAUAGGGGUAGCGUGCUCGGCUACUAUCAUCCUGAGAACGGAGAUGGCUCCGGUUACGGUACGUUGAUUUACAUGCAAAGGAUGCACCAUGGUUCAGUUUACAGUUUCGCCCUGAACUCUUCCAAUUUAGUGGCUUCAACCGGCCACGAUGGGGCAUGUUGUGUGUUUACUCUGGCUUCAAUUUUUUCAAGACCACACAUGAUGCCUCAUCGGCGCUUCACAGGUCAUACAUUGCCGGUCAUAGCCGCUGCCUUUUUCAGCGAUGAUCGCACAUUGGCCUCCUUGAGUAUUGAUGGCCUUGUUCUUCUGCACGACGUCCUCCACAAAUCCAAGAAUGACAGCGCGUUGGUGGGAUCCUUGCGUGUUGGCUUCCCUUCACGUUGCCUUGCACUUUCCCCCGAUGAGACGUGCUGCUUCGUUGCUGGAAGGCGGCUGGCGCGAGUGGAUCUAUUCCACGGCCUUCGACCCAGCCAAGCUUCUGAAUUUGAGACUACUGAUACCCAGAGGAGCUUCGAUAGCCAGCGACCGUGGCUGAGCUUUUACUCAUGGAAGAACUCUGAGGAUAUGGUCGUGAACACAACAGCCACUGACGAAUAUUUCCAAAACCUCGACGUGUGCAGAGAAGAUGGGUCUGUUUUGGGGACUAUUGCCCACCGUUCAAUAGCUGAUGAGAGGAGUGCAGAAGGAGGGGAAAAGCCUGUAGGUCAUGUGCACUGGACCAUUGCACCGGGUCGUUGUACCGCAAGUAUUGGGGUCUAUAGUCCCACUACAGAGAUUCCCGGUAGCAUGCCACACAAGGAAGCAGGUUUCCACGUAGGUACGCACCUGGACCUUCAUCACAACCUCAAUGAGAAUUUGCCCUUACUUUGGGAGGGCUGGUCUGCGAAGGAUCUCCACUCAUCGCAAUGUAACAUUGCAAGCCAACCCUGGAAGGAAUCACCUCGCUUUAGUGGUGUUCGCUGGGAUGAUCUGUGUCAAAUAGUGUCCGGAGCCAGGAGUAGCAUUCCACCACCCUUUCCAGUCUUUGAGUUUGAUCGUGAGAGCCGUCUUAUAGUGGAACGCGUGAAAAAUAAGCAGCUAAAACAGGAGUGUAAUGAGCUCUUUGCUGAGCUCAAAGCCCUCGCCAAGAGGCAGAAAGAUAGCGAGCCGGAGCGCCUAAAAAAGAAGCGCAGGCUUGGCUCAUGA